AUGGGAACAAGGCAAAGCUCCAGCUCUCUUCUUCUCCUGUCGCUACUCUUUGUCUAUUCCACUGCCGCUUCCUCCUUCUUUGAUACCCGCAAGGUCGUCGGUUUCACCGUCUUCAUCUCUCUGUUGGCUGUUUCCUAGUUGACUAUCGAUAACCUAUUUUAGUGGUUUUACGGUCAUGCAGGUGUACAUCGUGUACUUGGGGCAGCACAAAGGAACGAGGACGCCAGAGGAGAUCCAUGGAGACCACCAUUCCUACCUGCUCUCCGUGAAGAGCAGGUAACACUCGGCCUCGAAAGAAUGCCUAAUAAGCUGGCGAUAUUAUUCUACUCUUUUUCUCUCGAUAUGGGUUAUGGGAUGCCUUCCAUUUUGAUCCUCCAGCGAGAUGGAGGCGCACGAAUCUCUGCUCUACAGCUAUAAGAAUAGCAUCAACGGCUUUGCGGCGUUACUAUCCGCAGAAGAAGCCUCCAAGCUAUCGGGUAUGAAAGCGCAUGAUGAUGGCUUAUCUCCUGCUGAAAUUAUCGUUCCCUCUGAUGCUUCAUCCAUAUUCCUGCCCUUCUCUAAAAUCUCUUCGGUUUCUUCGCCGCAGAGAUGGAAACGGUCGUGGCCGCCUUCCCUAGUGAGACGAGAAGAUGGUCCAUGCACACGACCAGGUCAUGGGAAUUCAUUGGGCACGAGGAACGGAUGAUGGGGGAGGAGAAGGAAAAGAUGCCCUCGCGAGCAAAUUUUGGGAAGGGAACCAUCGUUGGGCUUCUUGACUCCGGUCUGCUGGCUGGCCCUCCUCUCCCAUUUAUCACCAUGUUUUUUCUUCCCAUUUGCAUUGCUAGAACGGCAUUUCGGGGAUAAAUAUGACGAAGAAUCGGUCAAACCUAGAACCGUUAUUAGAUUUUCACGUCCAUGGCAGGAAUUUGGCCAGAAUCAGAGAGCUUCCGGGAUGGGGGGCUAGGCCCCAUUCCCAGGCGCUGGAGAGGAACCUGUCAGGAGGGGGACUCCUUCAAUUCUUCCCACUGCAACAGGUAAGUGGCUAUAUCCUCCACAUCCCAUUAAAUCCACAUGCGUCUGUCCAGUUUCCCAUCCCAAUCUUGAUCAACCGUUAUAAACUAAUUCUAUCGGCAGAGGUUUGAGAAACGGGCUCUCCCGUAGCACAUGCUAAGUCACCAGCCUAAGCCCGUUUAGAUUAAACAAGGAUCACCCUAAUAGGUCUCCCUCGGGGGGGGGGGCUUCCGCGGGCAGGUAAACCCCAUGAACCUUUGGUAAAUCGUCCUGGGAGAUAAAAAAAAUCUGCAUGUGAACCUCUCGAGAUUGGAGUAUCUAUAAUGCACAGAAGGUACUGUGAGAUGUGAAAGGCAGUUCUUGGACUAAAAACCGAGGGUUCGAGAAUGGCAAAGAAAACCCUACCGAUCUCAUGUUCUUGGGCGUGAGAAAUAUCUCGGGAAUCGUCUCCAGCUUUCUGAGUGUUGGGUUGGGAGGGCGAUCGCUUUGUCGAGAUCCGCCAAAGCGGACAAACAAUCCGUGGGUCGAGGGCUGCUUGUCUUCUUCGUAGGGACGAGCUUGAUUGAGAAAAAAGAGAGUCCACCUUCCAAGCCUCAAGACAAGACCCUCUGUGAACUCCAGCUGGAAACCAUCCCGUGACCGAAGUCGAAACUGUUUCCCAAUAUUUAUUUUAUUUCACACAUGAGAGUUUUUGCCUAGUCUUUCGGCGUAAUGCACUCCUAUCAAUAUCGUUUAUAUCGAUAACUGACAUCGGUGUUGAGAAUAAUCUUCUACUGAACAUUAAAACCGUAAAGUGGCGACUGAAAAAACUAUACCCUACUCCGCUCACAGCAAAGUAAUUCUGAGGAUUGAUUAGGAUUUUUUCAUUGUUGUUAAUUCUAUCAUUAUAAUACAUGCACAUUGUUAUCGAUCUCCGUUGACUUUCCAGCAUGAAAACCCAAUCAUGGAACAGUAUUGGUCGGUAGACAAGUGGCUGUAGUAGAACAGCCUCACGUCACUUGGUGUUGUCGUAAAAGAUGAUUCGGUAUGCACAGCCCCACUCUAAUUAUGACAGAUAUAACCUUAAGUAGGACGAGUGGCGACAAUUGUCCGCGGCAUAUGAACGAAGGUCCAGACGGAGUAGAUAAAUAUGGUCACGAAACACAUGGUGCGAUUGGCUGAUUUAUCCACUCUCCUCAUUCUCUAAUGCCAAAAAUCCAACUCGCUGGCUGUUCACGACCAGACGCUCUCUCUUUCUUGCUCUCUAAACAUUACCUCAGUCACUGAGACGUUCAUCGGCAUCUCCCCUGGUUGAUCAUGGCAGGAAGCUAAUUGGAGCUCGAUACUACCUGAAGGGUUACGAGGCUUACUACGGCCCCCUCAACACAUCGUACGCAUACCGGUCUCCCCGGGACGGAGACGGCCAUGGCACCCACACGGCCUCCACUGUCGGCGGCCGCCCAGUGAGCGCUGUCUCAGCGUUCGGCGGCUUCGCCAACGGCACGGCCUCCGGAGGGGCGCCUCUAGCUCGGCUUGCGGCGUACAAGGUCUGCUGGCCCAUUCCAGGACCCAACCCAAACAUAGAGAAUACGUGCUUUGAUGCUGACAUGUUGGCCGCCAUGGACGACGCCAUCGGAGACGGCGUUGACGUCCUCAGCAUCUCCAUAGGGGUGAACGGUGCGCCGCCGACCUACGCCGUGGAUGCGCUCGCCAUCGGGUCGCUUCACGCCGUGAAGCAGAACAUCGUGGUGGCGCUCAGUGCCGGGAACUCGGGGCCGACGUCGUCCACCGUUUCGAAUCUUGCCCCGUGGAUGAUCACAGUCGGCGCGAGCAGCAUCGACCGGGCGUUCCCCGCUCCCGUCGUGCUCGGGAACGGCGAAGUUAUAGAGGUAAUCUCAAUCUCACCGCCUGUUCGAUCCCAGCACAUCAUAAAAUCAUGUUCUUAGAAUUGUCUCAGGUAGAGCUGCCGUAAUCACUGCAGGUCACACUUUUAAGCAGAACAGUCUGAUCUUUCAUCUUUACAUACUAUCAUCACCCAGGUAGGGACUCACCAUUCUUCACAGCUCUGAUGAUCGCUCAAACGUCUAUUGCUCCUCAUUUCAGGGACAAACCGUGACGCCAUAUAGGUUGAAGAAGAGAGAGUUCUCAUUGAUCUACGCUGGGGAUGCAGAGCUGCCUGGCACACCAGCUAAUGCUACCGGGUAUGUGUUCUCGGCGCCUUGAUGGAGAGAAUCUUGCCCCCAUGAAACCUGUUGAUGUUACCGAUUCCCCUUGGCUUCACUAAUGGCGGUACGCUUAACCAACAGGCAGUGUCUUCCGGGUUUUCUCUCUCCUGCGGAGGUAAAAGGAAAGAUCGUACUCUGCUUGAGAGGGCUCGGAAUGAGGGUCGGUAAGGGCAUGGAGGUCAAGCGGGCAGGCGGCACCGCCAUCAUCCUCGGCAACUCACCCGCUAACGGGGACGAGAUCCCCGUCGACGCCCACGUCCUUCCCGGAACUGCCGUGGCAUCCACCGGCGCUAAGUUAAUCCUGCAGUACAUCCGUGGCACCAAGAACCCAACGGCCGCUCUCGUCCAGGCCAAGACCAUCCUGGGCGUGAAGCCUUCCCCUGUCAUGGCCGCCUUCUCCUCUCGGGGCCCAAACCCCAUCGAGCCCCAAAUCCUCAAGGUAGAUAACGAAUCAUGGUUUGGGGCCGCCGUUUCAAUCGAAUAGGUUAGUCGGCGUGAUCGAUUCAGCUGACAGAAUUAGUUCUUCGUUUUUACAGCCCGACAUCACCGCCCCGGGCCUCAACAUUCUGGCGGCGUGGAGUGAGUCGUCUGCGCCGACGAAGCUGGACGGUGACAAGCGGAGAGUUAAGUACAACCUCAUGUCGGGAACCUCGAUGUCGUGCCCUCACGUGGCUGCCACCGCUGCGCUACUGCGGACGAUCUACCGGAACUGGAGCUCCGCCGCCAUCAGAUCCGCCAUCAUGACCACAGGUUCGACAUUCUCUCUUCUCUUCCUCCACCAUGCUCUCCUUACUUCGUCAGCGUGAAGUUGCACCACGUCGCGUGUUUUCUUCCGCAGCAACGAGUAGGGACACUCAGGGCUGGCCGCUGCGGAAUGCCGCCGGAGAGGUGGCGGGCCCGUUCGAACUGGGCGCUGGCCAUGUCCGACCAUCGCACGCUUCGGACCCGGGUCUCGUCUACGACGCCGCUUACAGUGAUUACCUCCUCUUCGCCUGCGCCAGCAGCGGCGCACAGCUUGACCUAUCCACGCCGUGCCCCAAGAACCCGCCGCCACCGGCAGCCCUCAACCAUCCCUCCGUCGUGUUCACCACCCUAACCGGAACCGCCGCCACCACGAGGACGGUCACCAACGUUGGGAAGGGAAGGGCGCGCUACCACGUCUCCGUCAACGAGCCCACGGGGGUUUCUGUGUCCGUCACCCCUCGAACCCUCUCCUUCCGCCGCCAAGGAGAGAAGAAGAGCUUCACCGUCGCCGUCAGCGUCCGCAAGAGCGCCGCUAUCGUCGCUGGCGAGUACGCCUACGGCUCGUACUCGUGGCUCGAUGGAGUGCACCAGGUGACCAGCCCGCUUGUCGUGGGUUUCGCGUGA